AUGGCGCCCGCUUCUCUACGGAAGCCGCCUCAAGCUCCCCCCGUCUUCACAGCGACCCCGCAGUCCGUCGUGGCCGAUGCGGAGCGUCUCAUCAAGACCUCACGUGCCGUCCAGGACAAGGUGGUGGCCGAGGUGAAGCCCGAAGCGGCCACCUUUGCCAGUGUCCUGGGCCCCCUAUCCCGGAAUGAAAACGAAAUGGCCUUGGAGUCACACAUCAUCGGCUUUUACCAGGCAGUCUCGACGGACCAGAAGCUCCGUGAUGCUUCAUCCAAGGCCGAGGAGUUGAUGGAUGAGUUCUUCAUCGAGUCUGUCAUGCGGGAGGAUGUCUACAAGCUAGUGGAUGCCGUUUUGAACAAGAAUGAGACUUUGGAUCCCGAGUCUCGUCGACUCCUCGAAAAGGAGCACAAGGACUUUAUCCGCAACGGACUGUCUCUGCCUGCCGGGGAGAAGCGUGAUCGUUUCAAGGAGAUCAAGAAGCGCCUGAGCACGCUGAGCAUUGAGUUCCAGAAGAAUCUAAACGAGGAGAAUGGUGGCAUUUGGUUCACUCCUGAGCAAUUGGAUGGUGUGCCUGAUGAUGUUCUGUCGGGCCUGAAGAAGGGCGAGGGUGAGAAUGCCGGGAAGCUCUGGUUGACCUUCAAGUACCCGGAUCUUUUCCCCACCAUGAAGUAUGCCACCAACUCCGAGACUCGUCAGAAAUUGAUGAUCGAAAACGAGAACAAGUGCAACCAGAAUGUGCCCCUCUUCCGUGAGGCUAUCAUCCUGCGUGACGAGGCUGCCCGUUUGCUGGGCUACCCCAAUCACGCCGCAUUCCGUAUCGAAGACAAGAUGGCCAAGACCCCGGAGACUGUGAACAAGUUCCUGGGCGACUUGCGUUCGCGCCUUACCGCUGGCGGUAAGCGAGAAAUCCAGACCUUGAUGGACUUGAAGAAGUCCACCGACCCCAAGGCGGAUGGCCGGUACUUCCUGUGGGACCACCGCUUCUAUGAUCGCUUGAUGCUGGAGAAGGACUAUUCACUGGAUCAGCAGCUCAUCGCAGAGUAUUUCCCCUUGCAGACCACCAUUCAAGGUAUGCUGGAGAUCUUCGAGGAGCUGUUUGGAUUGGCGUUUGUUGAAGUAGUCGGCGAGGAUCGUGCUGCCAUUGCUCCCACGGGCAAAGGUGAUGAUAUUGUUUGGCAUGAGGACGUGCAAGUCUUUAGCGUGUGGGACGAUGAAGGCGAAGGUAGCGGCUUUGUUGGCUAUCUGUACCUCGAUCUGUUCCCUCGUGAGGGCAAGUAUGGCCACGCUGCCAACUUUAACCUCCAGCCGGGCUUCAUUGACGCCGAAGGCAAGCGCCGAUACCCCGCGACUGCACUGGUCUGCAACUUCACCAAACCUACCCCCAAGAAGCCCUCCCUCCUCAAACAUGAUGAAGUGGUUACUCUGUUCCACGAGCUGGGUCACGGUAUCCACGAUCUCGUGUCCAAGACCAUCUACUCCCGCUUCCACGGCACCAACACAGUACGGGACUUUGUGGAGGCUCCCAGCCAGAUGCUUGAGAACUGGUGCUGGACGCCUUCCCAGCUGCGCGCCCUCAGUCGCCAUUAUUCUACCCUGUCCCCCGAGUACCUUGCCGGCUGGCAAGAAUCCCAACAGGCCAAGAGCGGCGGUAAGACCGCGACGGCCCCUCCGUCUGAGCGCAUCCCAGACGACGUCAUCAAGAGUCUGAUCUCCACCAAGCAUGUCAAUGAUGCCCUCUUCAACCUGCGCCAGCUGCACUUUGGUAUCUUUGACAUGGCCGUCCACGAACCUGCCAGCCACGAGGAUGUCAAGGCUCUGCCCGUAUCCGCCACCUACAACCGCCUCCGCCGAGAGAUCACGCAGAUGGACGGCCCCGAAGCCCUCGGCGCCAGCGAUGACUGGGGCCAUGGCGAGGCCACCUUCGGCCACCUGAUCGGCGGAUACGAUGCGGGAUACUAUGGUUACCUCAGCUCGCAGGUCUACUCGACUGAUAUGUUCUACACCGUGUUCAAGGAUGAUCCCAUGAACAAGGAGCAUGGUCGUCGGUAUCGUCACACUGUUCUUGAGAAGGGUGGUAGUCAGGAUGAGAUGACUACUUUGACGGAGUUUUUGGGUCGGGAGCCACGGACCGAUGCUUUCUACCAGGAGUUGGGACUUGCUUAG